GGAAAAACAGUGGGUGAUGAUGGAGAGAAAGAGAGCACUAGAUUGGGAGAUGCUUCAAAUCAAAAUGGGUAAAAUUCGUAAGGUAAGGUCCUGACGACUCAUCCUCUUUAACAGUUACUGGAACCAAUAUACUAUCUGUAAUCUAUUGGUGAUAGGAGUCGAGAUGAAAUUCGUGUUGAUUCCUCUUCAACGUUGCCUUAACCCAUUGUGUUCGUCGAAUGUCGAAGUUAGAACUUACAAUUAAUUAAACGAUGAAAGCUUCUGGUUGGGAAAACGUGUCCCCAAAGAUCCGUUCACCUACUACUUCUCUUUCUUCUUGGCCUUCGCUUGUCAGUCUUUGUUGAACCCAAAUCUGAAAUACCCAGUUACCCAUUCUACCAGCGUUGGUGGGUUCCACUGGUACUUAUUAGUGCUCUCUGAAAAAUGCCGUACUAGGUUGCAUUAAUCCAUUCUUUUUUUUUUGGAUUGAGAAACAUCAUUGAGCCUCUCCAGUGAUUUGGUACUUGGGUUUCGUCUGAAACCGCAUUCUGUGACUGAACAGCUUGUCUGUAAUGGCUUCCAAGGCUGUUGCUGUUUGGGGAUCUUAUGUUUCUCAAUUGGGUAGGGAAGAUUCGGGCUCUCGGCGUUCUGGGUUUGCUUUGAAUUGGAACAGAGAUAUUGAGAGGAGCUGUAAAUUUGGGCGUAUUGGUGUUUCUGGAGAUUUGGCUGCUCUUCUGGCCACAAAGCCUGUUGAAGAUGAGAAUCCGGCAUCACCCACAGUUGAAUUGCAGCGGUUGGUUGAACAGUAUGGGAAUAACGAGUCCAAGAGAUUGCACAAGGAUGUGAAUUCUCUUCCAAGACCAUUAUCUGUAACUGAUCUUUCCCCUUCAGCAAAAAAUGGCUUGAAUGUGCGCGUGGCAUAUCAGGGGGUACCUGGUGCAUAUAGCGAGGCUGCUGCCCUCAAAGCAUAUCCCCAGUGUGAGGCCGUUCCCUGUGAUCAGUUUGAAGCUGCAUUCAAGGCAGUUGAACUGUGGCUGGUUGAUAAAGCAGUUCUACCCAUUGAGAAUUCCUUAGGCGGAAGCAUCCAUCGCAAUUAUGAUUUACUUCUGCGUCAUAGGCUGCACAUUGUGGGUGAGGUGCAGUUAGCCGUUAACCACUGCCUUCUGGGACUACCUGGUGUGAGAAAGGAGGAGCUAAAACGUAUUUUAAGCCAUCCCCAAGCACUUGCUCAAUGUGAGAAUACACUGAGCAAGUUAGGUGUUGUAAGAGAAAGUGUGGAUGAUACUGCUGGUGCUGCUCAGUUUGUAGCUGCCAGUGGCCUAAGAGAUACUGGAGCUGUUGCAAGUGCUCGAGCUGCAGAGAUAUAUGGGCUUAACAUACUUGAAGAAAAAAUACAGGAUGAUUCUGUAAAUAUAACCCGUUUUCUGAUACUUGCAAGGGAACCUAUAAUUCCUAGAACUGACCGGCCUUUCAAGACAAGCAUUGUCUUCACCCUGGAAGAAGGCCCAGGUGUAAUAUUUAAAGCCUUGGCAGUGUUUGCUUUGCGGGAUAUUAAUUUGACAAAGAUUGAAAGCCGACCACAAAGAAAGCAGCCACUGAGGGUUGUCGAUGACUCUAACACCGGGCGUGCCAGGUAUUUUGACUACCUUUUCUAUAUUGAUUUUGAAGCUUCAAUGGCCGAGCCUCGUGCACAAAAUGCUUUGGGAAACCUGCAGGAAUUUGCAACAUUUCUUCGGGUCCUUGGCUCCUAUCCCAUGGAUACAGUCCUAUAGAUGCCUUCCCUCCCUGGAGGCAGUUCUUGUUUUAUUUCAGUCAUGAAGCUUGCAGGACAAAGAGAGUCCAUCCUUCUGUUUCAGACAUAUUGGAUCCUGUUCAAGCUGGUGGAGAGAAGUCUUGAGAGAGGGAAAAGCUGUCCUACUACAGGAUCAUGUGUAUCUUAAAUAAUAAUUCAGAAGGAUUUCUCCUGCAAAGGCUUAUAAGCACAAGGUACAAUGUAGCGAGGCUCAGUUUGGAAGCUUACAAGCUGUUAUGUUGAAUGGUCUUGCUGGUUUGAGUAUGGCUUAUAUAAUCAACAUACCUAUUUGAUUUGAGAACAGUAUCUGAUCACCAGUGAUUGUGGAACAGUGAUUGUGGAACCCAUGGUUGGAUCCCUUGAUCUCAUUUAUAUGGUCGCUUGCAAGCCACCAAAUGUCUUCUCUACUAAAACAAUUUUAGUCAAGGGGGACUUCAUUGUUCAUAUACAGUUCUUUUGUUCAGUUAGCUCCAACUAAAGAAGGUGAUGACCAUUUCUUCUACUACUAGUGAAACGUCUCUUUGGCUAUAGAGAACUGGUAACUUAUGAUUGGUUUGCUUAGCUGAAGUGCUUCAUGUUAUUGCAUGGAGAUAACUCUGUUACAGAACUCAUUCCUUCUUUGUUUUGCCUGCUUUAUCAUUCUCAUUCAAUAUUAAUUUGAGAUUACACUUUUGUCUUGUA